CAAUUGCCACUCCUGAGUCGUCCGCCUCCACCGAGCAAGUCGUGCCUGCAGACGUGAAAUUGGUGGACAAGAGGCCUAGGCAUGCGAAGGCUCACAGCACCAGGUUCAAAGACGCUGGAAUGCAGGUGUCGGCCAAUUGGUAUCGAGACCAUAUCAAUCCUCGGGUACACACCAUGGAGGUGAGUGAAGUCUCCCGACUCAGACAUUGCGAUCUCUAUGAACAAAGGAACGCCCUCCGCUGUGUGACGAAUUUGCUCACUGGGGCACCUCUCCGCCCGCUUCAUGAAAGGUGCAUUCUCGAAUGAGGAUGUCACCCCUGAAGUUGCCCAAAGCUCUGGAAGCGUUGCCCGACCCGCAGCAGCCGUACAGCAUUGUCUCGCUGUACGAUUCCGAGGGCAAGCCGUUGCACCGGCUUAAAAGAUGGCGGCCUACCUCUGAUGCUGAGCCACGUGUACGCCUUCAUUUGGCCCCAGGUUUGCACAUGCUCGACGGCAAUGGCAAACAAUACCACAGUAAGGAUCCGCCUCCUUAUACGCCGGAAGAGCGCGACCCCGGCUAUCAGGGCGCAAGUGCAUUCGACCCGAGCUGGCGAUUUGGCAGCUCACGCCCUUCAGACUCGGGGCGGAGCGCUCAUGGCCCUGCAAUCGAAAGCUCGCAACACGACGGAAGCCCUACUGCUGUCUCGCAUAGCCAGCCAGAAUCAAGCUCUUUGGAGCGCACGCAUUCUGACGAGGCAGAGGGCAGGACUGGCAGACCCGACCUGAACAGGCCUGCUUCUUCGCAAUCAAGGGGAUGAUGACAACAGGCGGUUGCUCGAACAUGAUGGAGUUCCUUCUGAACGGUAGCCGCGCAUGCAAGUAGCUC